AUGAAAAAUCAGAGAAAUGAGAGUGAUGCAGAGGAGGAGAGAUCGAGCAAGAGGACGCCGCUGCUGUCGUCGUGGAGCCUUCAACGUUGCCAUUAUCCACCCCUGGAAGGGGAUCUCAUCGCCGCGCUCUACUGCCACGAAGCCGUCGCGUCUUGCCGCCAAGGGUUUCGUCGCCGUCGUGCCUUGCCUCUGUCACUGCUAAUCCACCGCCGCUGCUGCCAGGUCCCGUCGCCAUCACCAUCACAGGCAGGAAAGGGGGAAAACGAACAGAACGUGAGGGAGAGGAGGAGUUCUCAUCGUUGUUAUACGCCCAAUUAUCACUGGUGCUUCCAAUCCCACCGUUGCUGUUGCGCCGCCGCCUCCGGAGUUCGUCGCCGUCGCCAAGGUCCGCCGUCGCCAAGGUCCUCCGUGAAGAGUAACGCGAAUGGAAAAGAAAACAAGGAAGCUGCUAAUGGGGAUUUGGGAAAAUGGCUUUGUUUUGCCUCUGCCUCUAGGUUCCGUAAGUUGCCAGAGUCCUCAGCUUUGAUAGGUAAAGCAAAUUUUUUAACUGGUUUUUUGUUGCCUUUGGGUUAUUUCUGCAGACUGCUCAUAUUUGAUAACAUAGAGAAUGGAAGCUUAAAGGAGCAUCUCAAUGAUCCCUUGAAGACUCCCUUAAAUUGGAGGAUGAGGUUGCAGAUUGCUAAUGAAGUUGUAGCAGCACUGGAAUACUUGUUUCUUUUUAAUGAUCCACCAGCAUAUCAUGUCUCCAUCAGCUCAAGCAAUAUUAUGUUAGAUGAGAACUUUGCAGCUAAAUUAUUAGAUUUUGGCCUUCUUACUCCCAGUGCAAACUCUGUCAUGAUGCCGAAUUCAGGAGGUCCUUAUCUCUCUACAGAAAAUAAACCAGUGAGCCUGACAGUGAGCCUGAAAGGGAAAAUGAGAAAGAAGUUGAUAAAAAAGCUGUUGUUACAAGCCUCUUAAGUGAAACGGAGUGCUGAAAUGGUGACCACAUGCUACUUUGAGGGCUCAAAAAUAUUUUGAUUCAUAGAGACACUAAUCUAUGUUAGAACUUUUAACUUUUGGUUGAACUUGUGCAAGACAUAUAACUUGUAGAACUAAUCAAUGUACUCACUAAUGUUAUUUUGUU